AUGAAAAUAUUUUCCACUGAGCUUAUCACCCAUAGUUAUAGCUUUCCGUUCACUAGCAAACAUCUAAAGUCCACCUUACAUUCACUUCAAAGGAAUGUAGUUAGCUGCAUAAACCUUAAUCAUAACGACACUAACCGCCACCUUGGAAACCCACCAAAAGUGAGGAGGGUUUUACAUGAAACAAAACCAACCCAUGCUUUAUCUUAUGAUUUCAAAGAAACCCAUUUGAUGAAACUGCUGAACAGGUCUUGUAAAGCAGGCAAGUAUAAUGAGUCACUCUACUUUCUUGAUUGUAUGGUUGCUAAAGGCUAUCAACCCGAUGUUAUUUUGUGUACUAAGCUCAUUAAAGGGUUUUUUAAUUCAAGAAAUAUAGAGAAGGCCACUAGGGUGAUGGGGAUUUUGGAGAAGCACGGUAAACCUGAUGUUUUUGCUUAUAAUGCAGUGAUCAGUGGGUUUUGUAAGGCUAAUCGGAUUGAAAGUGCCAAAAAAGUGCUUGAUAGGAUGAAAGCCAAGGGAUUUUCGCCAGAUGUUGUUACGUAUAAUAUAAUGAUUGGGAAUUUUUGUAGUAAGGGGAAGAUUGAUUUGGCUUUAAAGGUUUUUGAAGAGUUGUUGAAAGAUAAUAAUUGUAAGCCAACUCUUAUUACGUACACAAUUUUGAUAGAGGCAUACAUUCUUGAAGGUGGGAUCGAUGAAGCUUUGAAGCUUUUGGAUGAGAUGUUGUCAAGAGGGCUUGAACCAGAUACAUUUACUUAUAAUGUAAUGAUUAGAGGGUUGUGCAGAGAGGGGAAGGUUGACCAAGCUUUUGAGCUCGUUAGGACCUUGAAUUCUAGGGGUUGUAAACCAGAUGUGAUUACAUAUAAUAUAUUGUUACGAGCAUUGUUGAAUCAAGGGAAAUGGAACGAAGGGGAGAAAUUGAUGAGUGAGAUGUUUUCAAGAGGUUGUGAGCCUAAUGUUGUUACAUAUAGCAUUUUGAUUAGCUCGUUGUGUCGUGAUAGGAAAAUUGAGGAAUCAGUGCACUUAGUGAAGGUUAUGAAGGAAAAGGGUUUGACUCCGGAUGCCUAUUGUUAUGAUCCAUUGAUUGCUGCUUUCUGUAGAGAGGGAAAAUUGGAUAUGGCAAUUGAGUUCUUGGAUUACAUGAUCUCUGAUGGUUUUUUGCCAGAUGUUGUGAACUACAAUACAAUAAUGGCUGCUCUGUGUAAGAAGGGAAAUGGUGAUCUUGCUGUGGAAAUAUUUGGAAAGCUACAUGAAGUGGGUUGUCCUCCAAAUGUCAGUUCUUAUAACACAAUGUUAAGUGCAUUGUGGAGUUCUGGAGACAGAUAUAGAGCCUUGGGAAUGAUAUCGCAGAUGCUUAGCAAAGGAAUUGAUCCAGAUGGGAUAACUUAUAAUUCACUUAUUUCGUGUUUGUGCAGAGAUGGAAUGGUGGAUGAAGCUAUUGGACUGUUGGCAGACAUGCUAAGUGGCAGGUUCCAGCCGAACAUGGUCAGCUAUAAUAUUGUUCUUCUUGGGUUAUGCAAAGUACAUAGAAUUGAUGAUGCUAUUGAAGUGCUAGCAGCAAUGAUUGAAAAUGGUUGCCAGCCAAAUGAAACUACUUACACGCUGUUGAUUGAAGGUAUUGGUUUUUCUGGAUCAAGAGCUCAAGCAAUGGAAUUGGCUGAUUCUCUUUACGGCAUGAGUGCUAUUUCUGAAGAUUCAUUCAAACGUUUGAACAAGACCUUCCCUUUGCUUGAUGUUUACAAAGGCCUCAUUUAUCCGGAUGCUAAGAACUAG